AUGAGCAAGCCGCGCUGGGACGGAGCACGCCAUGCCCACUUCCCCGACCACGGGCUCGCGAUGGACGCCGCGGCGACCGCGCCCUCGUCGUCGAACCCUAGCUUCUCCGCGAGCGGGACAGCGGCGGCUCGGCGAGGGAGAAGGCGACCCUCCGCGCCGCCGCAUCCUCACCUACUCGACCCUCCGCGCGCCGUGAUCUCCAGCCCCGCGGUUCUCCCGGAUGCGGCCUCGGCCGCCGCCGCCAAUGGCUAUGGGCCUCUGGGCGAGGUCCAUGGCGACCUUCACCCGCACGUGCUGUCUGAGAAGGGGGGCGCCAAGUCCAUCGCGUUCGAGGAGAUCACCUGGUUCCGGAGGAGAAGUCCGGAGGAAUCACCAUCUCAACGUUCAAAUGUUCAUCCUGUUGUGGUCGUGGCACAUAUUCCGGAAGCAAUUCAGUUCGCUAUAGGCCUUACCGAUGGCAUUGUUUAUGUCAUGAUUGGAAGGUUGCAGUUUUUACUUCAAGUUUUAGUUGAAACCUGAUAUUUGGAAUGCUGUGAAGUUACAUGUAGUAGGAUUUGUUAUGAUGUGAUAUAUAGAAUUCUGGAUUAUGUAUAUGUAUUACAGGGUUGAAUACUUUUCUGGUACAUUUGUACAUUUGGAUUAUGUGCAUACAUUGUUGUUUAUAUUUGCCUUUAUUGUUA